GGAGGUUCCGUUCCUUCUUGCCCUAGUGUAUUUUGAUUACUUUCUCAAUAAUUGUUAACGGGCGGAUCGAGAAAUUCGUUAAUCGUAUUGAAAUUCGAGUUUGGCGAGGGAUUUAAGAUGUGACUGGCCCGGUUAGGACUUUUCGACUGCCCGAACGGCCUGGAGGCGUUUUUGGACGGUGGCUGGUUAGUAUUUCAACUUCGUAAACAAACUGGAUUUUAGUUGGAAAUGUCAAAUGAUAAGUGAUGAUGGCCAGCAUCUCGGAGACGACUUCGGAUCUGCAGACUCAGCAAGAGCUCUACUUCCUCAUCGCCAAAUUCCUUGAGUCAGGUCCAUGCAAGAAGACACUUCAGGUGCUGAAAGAAGAACUGACUGAACACAAGAUCUUGCCAAAGCGACUCGACUGGGAAGGUGAAGAACAUGAGCAGUCCUUUGACGAAUAUGAGAGUAAAAACACACACAUUGGCCCAUUGCAUCUGUACAAUAUAUGCAGGCGCCUUGGCAUAUUUUUGGACAGGGAAAUCAAACCGAGUGUUCCUGGCAUUAGGUCCCUUUUGGGUGUAGGGCGACAGUCACUUCUUCGCACUCGAGAAGUCAAAAAGUCAUUGCCAUUAGUCGGUUUUGUUGCCCGGAGGCAUGGACGUGCAAUUCAGAGCCCGCUGUAUUGCUUACAGCACAACAUUGUGCAAGUCCUGUAUGGCAGGGAAACUUCAGGCCCUUUGAGCAGGAAACAAGCGAUUGCCCCGAAGUUGUACGCAAGAACUCAUCUGCUGAACAGAACACUUGGACACUUGUCAGCGGUUUAUUGUUUGCUAUUUGACAGGACUGGAAGAUACAUUAUAACUGGAGCUGAUGAUCUGCUGGUUAAAAUCUGGAGUGCGAUUGAUGGAAGGUUGAUCAGUACCUUUAGAGGUGCUUCAGCUGAAAUUACCGACAUAACUGUUAAUGUUGAGAACACACUUCUCGCAGCUGGAAGCCUGGAUAGAAUGAUUCGUGUUUGGUGCCUUCAAUCUGGAUAUCCUGUUGCAACAUUAACAGGGCAUACUGGUACGGUUACUGGAGUUAACUUUUGUCCAAAUCCAGUGAACGAUGUACAUUAUCUCGUCUCUACUAGUUCUGAUGGUUCUGUAGCUUUUUGGAGUUACUCUGUAUUCAGUGAUGGAGGAGUAAUAUUUCAACCUAAGCCAGUUCAGUACCAUGAAAAAAUGAGACCAGGCCAAGCACAAAUGCUGUGUGCGAAAUUUUCCGUUGGAGGACUAUUUCUUGCUGCAGGCAGUGCUGACCACCACGUGCGAGUUUAUUCUAUGUUCGGUGAAACACCGCAGAGGAUAAUGGAGAUGGAAAAGCAUACAGAUCGUGUUGAUAGCAUCCAGUGGGCGAAUAAAAGUUUGAGGUUCAUCUCAGGAAGCAAAGACGGUACAGCCAUAAUUUGGAAUUACCAGGCUCAAAGAUGGGUUGCGAAAAGGCUCUUUAUGAACACCAACCUUCACAGUCUUAAGCCGACCGAAGAAGAAAGUAAGAUGAAACUGAGAGUAACAAUGGUUUCGUGGAGUGCCGAUGACAUUUUUGUAAUUACUGCAGUCAACGAUUAUUCCUUGAAAGUCUGGUCUUCAACUACAGGCGAUUUACUUAAGGUGCUCAAAGGGCACAAGGAGGAGGUUUAUGUCUUGGAAAAUCAUCCUUUCGAUCCAGUUUUACUGAGUGCAGCACAUGACGGUGUUAUAAUACUCUGGAAUCUACUGAACGGUGAAACAUUAGCCAUGUACCAAAACCAUAUAGAAGGUCAGGGAAAUGGAGCUGUUUUUGACGCAAGGUGGUCUCCUGAUGGAACAAUGGUUGCUGCGACAGAUUCACACGGUCAUCUAUUGACUUUUGGCUUGUCACCUAUCUCUGACAGAUUUAAAGAUCUUCCAAAAGAGUUAUUUUUUCAUACAGAUUACCGUCCAUUGGUACGAGAUGCUUUAAAUAACGUUCUUGACGAACAGACGCAAAUCCCUCCACAUUUGAUGCCUCCUCCGUUUUUAGUCGAUAUCGAUGGCAAUCCUUAUCCACCGAGGUUACAAAGAUUGGUUCCUGGUAGAGAACAUUGUUCGGUGGACCAGCUUAUCCCUAAUAUAGUUUUCAAUGCUGGAGGGCAACAAGAAGUAAUUCAAAAUGUCUCCGAAACUGUAUCAAACAUUGAUCAGAUGAUAGAAGAACUGGCAGGAAUGGCAUCGACGACUUCUCCGAGAACGUCUCAUUCUGCUCAAGGAAUAGUUUUUGGUGGUCCUGGGCUCAGGCUUCGGGGUGACAUAGAAGGGGUUCGACAGUCGAGUGGAAAUUGGCAAAGGGAUGGAAUGGAUUGGAAACAGGGUGUACUCGUCAUGCCCCUCAGCAUAUGGGCGCUGCGGACAGUGAGGGAAAAAAUUUCACAGUACGCUGAAUUGGAGCUUGAAGAGUAUACAAGAGAAAGCAAAAGGGUCGCUGAAGUCAUUCCUGAAAUACCUGCUGCUCCUGUUAACAGGAGAAACCAUAGAAGAAACAUGCAUUCCUACCGCACGAGGGCAGCAAGGGAACAACAGUUACAGGAUGAUGAGGCUGAUGAUGGGCAAGUCAGCAGUCCCAGAUCUGGAAAUACCAGUGAUGUGACAGCACAUUCUGAAGACAUGCUGAGCCCAUCUAGUUCUUCAGAAUCUUCCAGCACUGAGUAUUCUGACUGGGUGGCCGAUCAUGGCGUUUCUCUUGAACCGCCUCAGCGUAGUAGACGUAGGAGGAAGAGACUGCCACCACCUCCGGUACACGUUCCGACACCGCCAAGGCCGCGGAAAGCACCAGUUCCUUCAACAUCGGCAGGCCCAUCUACCUCAGCUUCUACCUCUUCUCCCUUAGCUUCUACCUCUUCUCCCUUUAAUGCCGUGCCUUCUACUUCAACUGCUACUCCUGCACUGGUAGAGGUGCCAGAUUUAUACAGGCCUUCUGAAUGGCUAUCUGAAGUUAUUCCAAAGAAAUUUCCUUACUAUCCCCAAAUGGGAGACGAAGUCAUGUUCUUUGCUCAAGGUUAUAAUGAAUACCUCAAAGCUGUCUCCGACAAAUCUCUUUAUCAGAUUGCAGAAUCUCAGUACAAACCUUGGGGAAAGCUCAUUCUUAAAGAACCAGAGUUUGUCAAAAUUAUUGGUAUUAAGUAUGAGCUAAGGCCUCCCCGUUUAUGCUGUUUACGAUUGGCUGUGAUAAAAAACAAUGGAAGAAUUAGCAGUGAUAGAUUCACAAUAAAAUAUCAUGAUAUACCUGAUGUUAUUGACUUUUUUGUACUUAAACAAACUUAUGAUACAGCAAUGGAAAGACAAUGGAAGCCAGGUGACAGGUUUAGAAGUAUGAUAGAUGAUGGUUGGUGGUGGGGCACGAUCGAGUCCAACCAGCCUGACGCCGUGUCUGCUUUCCUUUGUCAUCGUAUAAAGUGGGAUAACGGUGAGUCCGAAGGGAUGAGCCCAUGGGACAUGGAACUAGUUGAAGACAUUCGGGAGCCUGAGCAGUACGGCGGCUCCAUUCCUGUCCAGCCGGAUGAGCUUUCUGCGAUACUGUACCACCCAAGAGGAGACGAAUGGCCUGGAGGAGAUCGCGAUGCAGCUUGUGCACGGAUUGUUUCAAGCCUUGAGGAAGUUAUGGGAUUAUCCAUUGCUGAGCCAUUUAUUGCACCAGUCGAUAUAAACUUGUAUCCUAGAUAUUCAUAUGUUGUUGAAUUUCCUAUUGAUUUAUCUACUAUCAAGGCUCGGUUUGAGAAUAAAUUUUAUCGAAGAGUUACUGCUGCCCAGUUUGAUAUCCGUUAUUUAGCAACGAAUGCCGAAAAAUUUAAUGGCCCUCAUAAUGCUAUAGUUAAACAUGCACGAAUUAUUACAGACCUAUGCUUGAAGAUUUGCAAGGACUACAAUCAAAUAGAUGUUUCUCACAUGUACCGACAGUUGAUGGAGUCAUACCAAAGUUCUGGCAGUGAGAGUGAUGAGUUGAAUACGCCAUCUACAUCAAACAGGGAACGAGCGGCUGCAAGUAGAUCGCUCAGGGCGAUGAGAAGAGCCAACCACCACCAGCCAGAUUGGAGAAGAGACUGCAGGCAACUGCUUGAAGUUUUAUGGAACUGCCAAGACGCCGAGCCUUUCAAGCAAGCCGUGGACCGCCUUGAACAUCCGGAUUAUGAUAAAAUCAUUGACUCGCCCAUGGAUCUCAGUACAAUAAGGGAAGAGCUGAGAGGAGAUAACUACACAUCCCCGCUUGAGUUUUGUAAAGAUAUCAGGAUGAUAUUUAGCAACUCGAGGAAUUUCAAUACGAACAAAAGAUCAAAAAUCUAUGUCAUGACAGUGAGGCUUUCAGCAAUGGCUGAAGAGCAUAUGAAAAGGAUAAUUCAAAAUUGGAAAAAUUCAAACAAGAGAGUGUGCAGAGGAAAAAUUAAUUCUAACUUCAAUGGAUUGAGAAGGCGCAGGACAAAUCCUGUUUCAUACAACGAUAAUGAGAAUUCAAGUUCAGGAGAAGAUUCUGAUUAUUUAGCCACUAGAAGAGUGAAUAGUCAAGCACAGAGAAUUAAAUCAAGUGAGGAAAAGAAAAAAGGAGAAUCUUCAAAAAUGACAAAUGGACAUUCUUAUUCGAAAAUUUCCCCAAAAGUGCCUUCCUCCUCCUCCUCCUCCUCCUCUUCUUCUUCUUCUUCAAGUGAUGAUGAAGAGGAUGAAGAAAACGACGAUUUGAAAGAACAAGAGGACGAAGUUGCCUCUAAUCGGCAAAAAAUAAAAGAAAACAGAAGACCUCAGAGAAUAGUUGUACCUAAAAUAUCGCAUCCGGUCAAUGGUAAAUCCACAAAAAUCAUUAUUAGCACUGCUGAUUUAGGAAAGAGGAAUAGUGGAAAUAAAGUCAUAAAUUAUAAGGAAAAUGAUUCAGGCUCCUCUGAUGAAGAAAGCUCAAUGGGUAAAGAAGAGGCUGAAAACAAAUCAGAUGAUGGGGAUUCUCCUUCAGACAAUUCAAAUUCUUCAGAUGCUUCAUCAGACAGUAUGUUAAAGAAAUGUAAGAGAAGAAUUCAUACGAAAUAUAAUACAAGAUCUAAAAAAGGGAUAGAUUCCCGAAAUUUUUCGCCAUCGCGGUUGUCAUCAUGGUCCAAGAAUUCGAAGGGAAGUGCAGAGAAAAAUAGGGUGAUGAAUGGGCAUGUAAAAGUGUUGAGGCCUGUAACUAGAAAUUCAAAUACCAAAAAUGAAUCUGAACCUAAAAAUCAUCAACCGAGUAAAAAAGAUGAAUCAGAAGAGGACGAAGAUGAGGAAGUUGAAGUGGAAAGCAGCGAAAAUGAAUCGGGUGAGGAUUACAAAGGGAAAUUGGAGGAGAGUGGGAGUGAAGUGGGGAUGAAUGAUGAAGACAAAGAAUCAUCUCCAGUACAAGAUGAUAAAUCUGAUAGCAACUAUUUCGAAGAGUCGACUUCAGAAGAGUCAAGUGGUGAAGAGUUCAACAUUAAAAGCGUAAAUAAAAGUAGCAAAGCCCCUAAGGGUAAGAAGAGAGCUCGGGAAAGUGAAACAGACUACGGCAGUGACUGUUCUUGGAAGAAUACAAGCUCUAGCAAGAUGAAGAAUAGAAAACCGACUAGGCCGAGGCGGUCGAUCAAAAAGCCUAGUUACGCUGCUGAUAGCGAAAGUGAAACGGAAAGACUGAGACCAAAAAGGGUACUAAAGAAAAGACGUUUUUCAGAAGAUAGCGAAGAAAAUUCCAAUAGCUCUCGAGGAAAACCGAAAAUCAGUAUCAGCAGCCGUGGUCGUAUCAGAAAGAUAACAGCUCGAGCAAGGGCUUUCCUCAGGGAUUGAUAUAAAAGUAAAAAAUAAAAAAAAAC